CUAAUUUCUAUUUGAAAAAAGAAAAAAGAAAAAGAAGAGAGAUAUGAUUUUGUCUCAUGACUUUGCUGCUUGAUUCAUUCAGGCGGAGACUGCAUGGGCCAUGACUGUUCUUGGGUACUUGGCCAAACUAGUGUUGGGGGUUUUAGGGUUGAUUGUUUCAGUGGCAUGGAUUGCACAUAUUGUGAUAUAUCUAUUGAUUAACCCUCCUCUUUCUCCUUUCCUAAAUGGGGUUUUCAUCAAGUUGGAUGACGUCUGGGGUCUUCUGGGAACUGCAGCCUUUGCAUUCUUCUGCUUCUACCUUCUACUUGCCGUGAUUGCUGGGGCAAUGAUGCUUGGCAUGAGAUUAGUUUUCAUAACAAUCCAUCCCAUGAAGUGGGGAGCCACUCUGAUGAACUCCUUUCUUUUUAAUGUGGGACUCAUUCUUCUUUGCUCCAUCAGGAUUGAUUAGCCUCAGUAAUGCUCAUGAAGAAUCUUCAAGUUGGUGUAUGCCCUAAGUGAACUACAAACUAAGCUUCAGAAGUGAUUGAAGUAGCUAAAUUGGAAUAGCCUUAACCGUACCUGACUCGGAUUAUUGGUGGUUUUGCUUUCAGGAGAUAAUGCACGAUCCUCAGGUGGCAGCCGAUGGAUUCACCUACGAAGGAGAUGCUCUGCGUGGAUGGUUGGAAAAUGGCCGAGAAACUUCCCCGAUGACCAAUUUGAGACUGGAUCACUUGCAUCUCACUCCCAACCAUGCACUGAGACUUGCUAUUCAAGAUUGGCUUUGCAAAGUCUAGCAUACCAUUCGUAUACAUUCAGUCUAUGUCAUAAUGUAUAUUUGUAGAGUCUUCUUGUAUUUGGAGAAAAAAAAACCCUUUUACCAUUGUAUUUGGAUAACUAUUGAAAUAUUCUGUCUAAAGAGGACUGGGAGAAACAACAGGCUAAAGAGGUAGAGCAUUGCAUUGGCUUCUGUAUGCCAGUUGUAUCAAAAUCUUGUAUUGGUAUCACGAACUUUUUUUUAUGUAUUUUAUUUUAUUUGUAUGUUAA